GUCUGACUAUAAAAGAGCUGCAGGUGUUCAGGUCCAGCGCGGAGCGUUUGAGACAGCCGACAUGUUCAGGUUCCUUGUGUUCACGAUCCUCGCAGCCGUGGUGCUGGCCGAGCUGGAGCCUCAGCCCAGGUACCUGGAGGAGGAUGAGGCUGAGGAGAGAGUUGUCGGAGGAGAGGUGGCUAGAGCCAACUCUUGGCCCUGGCAGAUCUCACUUCAGUACAGAUCAGGCAGCAGCUACUACCACACCUGUGGAGGGUCUCUGGUCAAGAGAGGAUGGGUCAUGACUGCUGCUCACUGUGUGGACAGCUCCAGGACUUGGCGUGUUGUUCUCGGAGAUCACAACAUCAACAGCAACGAGGGCAAAGAGCAGUACAUGAGCGUCAGCCGCGUCUACAUCCACCCCAACUGGAACUCCAACAAUGUUGCUGGAGGCUGGGACAUUGCUCUCCUGCGUCUGUCUUCUGAGGCCACCCUCAACAACUACGUCCAGCUGGCUGCUCUGCCCCCUGCCAACCAGGUCCUGCCCCACAAGAACCCCUGCUACAUCACCGGAUGGGGACGCACCCAGACCGGAGGUCAGCUGUCCGCCCAGCUGAAGCAGGCUUCCCUUCCUCUUGUUGACCACAAGACCUGCACCAGCUACGGAUGGUGGGGCAGCACUGUCAAGAGCUCCAUGGUCUGCGCUGGGGGAUACAGCGAGUCUGGUUGCCAGGGCGACUCUGGUGGCCCCCUGAACUGCAGCGUCGGCGGCCGCUGGGUCGUCCAUGGCGUGACCAGCUUCGUGUCCUCCUCCGGAUGCAACGCCUACCAGAAGCCAACUGUCUUCACCCGCGUGUCCGCUUACAUCAGCUGGAUGAACGGGAUCAUGGGUUAGAAAACAGAGCUAAACCACAUGAAGACAAUGACACUCACAGGAGUUGUAGUUCAUCCAACAGAAUAAAGUGUCAUAAAA